GAGCCCAGGGGCUGCCUGCUGGGCGGCCGGGCGCGGGGGGCCCAGGGAGGCAGCUUCCAUGGAGCGAAAGAAAUGCCAAGACCCUGCCCAGACAGAAGUGGGCCAGCCUCAGCACCGACAGCCAACACGCAGAUAGCAGAGCCGUCCCCGGGGCAUUCUCCCGUGAGCAGCAUCUAGUACCUUUUUCAUCCCGUUCAUCUUAUACUGCUCGUUACAAGAGCAACGUGCCUUGGCAGAGUGACCACGGAUGAGAUUCCUUACACACGUUUAUUUUGUUGCACACCUUCUGUAUGUCACUGGCUGGAUUUCCUGAAUGUAGCUUCUAAUCUAAUGUUUCCCAAACUUGGCCAAUCAUUACUGUCACCGAAGUCAUGUAUUAAAAAAAUUAGAUUCCCGGCUUUACCUGAGACCUGCGGAACUGGACUCUUCAGGGAGAGAAGCUGCUGUUGCUGCUUGUAGUUUCUUUAUACACACCCAUGGACGGACACAACCAGAGAUAAUUUUGCAUAAAUGCACAUUUGUGAUCAUGUCUUCCUGCUUCAGGAGGAGAACAGUCUUGUUGUCUUGUCCCCGCCCCCAGGAGCUCCUCGUCGUCACACCUACUGUGUGUGUGUCCUCCGGUCCCCAGUGCUCCUGGGUUCCUGUAUGGACACAUCUACAUGCACACACAUAGGAGUGCUCAAACUUCCCUAUUUGGUUUACAAAAGUUGAACCAUGAUUCCAGUGACAGAGCUCCGCUAUUUUGCGGACACACAGCCCGCGUACCGGAUCCUGAAGCCAUGGUGGGACGUGUUCACCGACUACAUCUCCAUUGUCAUGCUGAUGAUCGCAGUCUUUGGGGGCACACUGCAGGUCACCCAGGACAAGAUGAUCUGCCUGCCUUGUAAAUGGGUCACUAAGGAUUCCUGCAACGACUCUUUCCGGAGCUGGGCGGCCCCAGGCCCAGAGCCCACCUACUCCAACUCUACUGUCUUGCCAAUCCCUGACACAGGCCCCACGGGAAUCAAGUAUGACCUGGAUCGGCACCAGUACAACUACGUGGACGCCGUGUGCUAUGAGAACCGCUUGCACUGGUUCGCCAAGUACUUCCCCUAUUUGGUGCUUCUGCACACACUCAUCUUCCUGGCCUGCAGCAACUUCUGGUUCAAGUUCCCACGUACCAGCUCAAAGCUGGAGCACUUUGUGUCUAUCCUGCUCAAGUGCUUCGACUCGCCAUGGACCACACGGGCCCUGUCAGAGACGGUGGUAGAGGAGAGCGACCCCAAGCCGGCCUUUAGCAAGAUGAAUGGCUCCAUGGACAAGAAGUCAUCUACUGUCAGUGAGGACGUGGAGGCCACUGUGCCCAUGCUGCAGAGGACCAAGUCUCGGAUCGAGCAGGGCAUUGUGGACCGAUCGGAGACAGGCGUGCUGGACAAGAAGGAGGGGGAGCAGGCCAAGGCACUGUUUGAGAAGGUGAAGAAGUUCCGAACCCACGUGGAGGAGGGGGACAUUGUGUACCGCCUGUACAUGCGACAGACCAUCAUCAAGGUGAUCAAGUUCAUCCUCAUCAUCUGCUACACUGUGUACUAUGUGCACAACAUUAAGUUCGACGUGGACUGCACUGUGGACAUUGAGAGCCUGACGGGCUACCGCACCUACCGGUGUGCCCACCCCCUGGCCACUCUCUUUAAGAUCCUGGCAUCUUUCUACAUCAGCCUGGUCAUCUUCUACGGCCUCAUCUGCAUGUACACGCUGUGGUGGAUGCUGCGCCGCUCCCUCAAGAAGUACUCAUUCGAGUCGAUUCGCGAGGAGAGCAGCUACAGUGACAUCCCCGACGUGAAGAAUGACUUCGCCUUCAUGCUGCACCUCAUCGACCAGUAUGAUCCGCUCUACUCCAAGCGCUUUGCCGUCUUCCUGUCGGAGGUGAGUGAGAACAAGCUGCGGCAGCUGAACCUCAACAAUGAAUGGACGCUGGACAAGCUGAGGCAGCGGCUUACUAAGAAUGCACAAGACAAGCUGGAAUUGCACCUGUUCAUGCUCAGCGGCAUCCCUGACACCGUGUUUGACCUAGUGGAGCUGGAGGUGCUGAAGCUGGAGCUGAUUCCAGACGUGACCAUCCCACCCAGCAUUGCCCAGCUCACGGGCCUCAAGGAGCUGUGGCUGUACCACACAGCGGCCAAAAUUGAGGCACCUGCUCUGGCCUUCCUACGCGAGAACCUGCGGGCACUGCACAUCAAGUUCACGGACAUUAAGGAGAUCCCGCUGUGGAUCUACAGCCUGAAGACGCUGGAGGAGCUGCACCUGACGGGCAACCUGAGCGCGGAGAACAACCGCUACAUCGUCAUCGACGGGCUGCGCGAGCUCAAGCGCCUUAAGGUGCUACGGCUUAAGAGCAACCUGAGCAAGCUGCCACAGGUGGUCACAGACGUGGGUGUGCACCUGCAGAAGCUGUCCAUCAACAAUGAGGGCACCAAGCUCAUCGUGCUCAACAGCCUCAAGAAGAUGGUAAACCUGACGGAGCUAGAGCUGAUCCGCUGUGACCUGGAGCGCAUCCCUCACUCCAUCUUCAGCCUUCACAACCUGCAGGAGAUCGACCUCAAGGACAACAACCUGAAGACCAUUGAGGAGAUCAUCAGCUUCCAGCACCUGCACCGCCUCACUUGCCUUAAGCUAUGGUACAACCACAUCGCCUACAUCCCCAUCCAGAUCGGCAACCUCACCAACCUUGAGCGCCUCUAUCUGAACCGCAACAAGAUUGAGAAGAUCCCCCCCCAGCUCUUCUAUUGCCGCAAGCUGCGCUACCUGGACCUCAGCCACAAUAACCUGACCUUUCUCCCCGCUGACAUUGGCCUCCUGCAGAACCUCCAGAAUCUGGCCAUCACGGCCAACCGGAUCGAGGCGCUGCCCCCAGAGCUCUUCCAGUGCCGGAAGCUGCGGGCCCUGCACCUGGGCAACAACGUACUGCAGUCGCUGCCCUCCCGGGUGGGUGAGCUAACCAACCUGACCCAGAUCGAGCUGCGGGGCAACCGGCUGGAGUGCCUGCCCGUGGAGCUGGGCGAGUGCCCGCUGCUCAAGCGCAGCGGCCUGGUGGUGGAGGAGGACCUGUUCAACACGUUGCCACCCGAGGUGAAAGAGCGGCUGUGGAGGGCUGACAAGGAGCAGGCCUGAACCUUGGCGGACCACCGAGCAGUGGCCAGCAGCGGACCACCGAUUGGUCCUCUGGCCCAGGAACCCAGAAACCCUGGGACAACCAGCCUAGCCUCUCAGCCAGGGCAGGAGCCUGGGGUUGGAUGUGAGCUGGGCCAGGGUGACAGGACAGUACCUGAGGGGCUGGCCCCUUUUCUUCCUCCGAGACUCAUGCCUGCAGGGCAGGCGCCUGUUGGGGAGAUCAGAGACCUAUCAUCUGCUUCAGAGCGCAGUGUUUGGACAGUCAGGCCUCCUCCCUGGAGGCCAUCUCUGCCCCAGAGGCUGAGCCAUGCCAGAAGUCCAGGGACAUCAACUUAGCUCUUGGUAUUUAUUUUUCUCCACCUCCCGCCCCCUCCCUCCGGAUAACUUACACAUUCCCAAGAAAGUUCAGCUCAGAUGGGGGAGUUUAAGGAAAGGUGGGCUGUUUUGCUUUUCCUUUCAUGGUGAUGCCGCCAGCAUUUAGUGCCCACCCAGACUUGAGCAGGGUGGCCCAGCUGUGGGACGGUCACCCCAGUGGUGUCGGGCUGGCUCUGGCAGCACAGCCCAUGGGGGAGCAGGCCACCAGGUGUGAAGCCAGGCCUGGGGCUUGCCUCAUCAGUUUUAGAUUUUUUUUUUAAGUAAAAAAAAAAUUUUUAAGCUUUGACAUGGAGGGUUUGGGUAUUAAAAAGAAAAAACUUUAAAAAAAAAAAAAAAGACACUAAAGGCCAGUGAGUUGGAGUCUCAGGGCGGGCGCAGUUUUCCUUGCAGAGCGGCAGGACUUUGGGUCGUUUCCUUCCCCCGGGUGUCUUCGAAUCUGGUGUGACCUUGGUCCAGAGUUCUGUUUGUUCCUCUCCUCCCCUGGGGUGGGGAUUUUUUGUUUUGUUUUUGGUGUCUUGUUUUCCUUCUCCUCCAUGUGUCUUGGCAGACACUCAUUUCUGUGGCUGUAGGCCAAAGGGAAUGUUCUGGAGCUGCCAAGAGGGGAGGAGACUCGGGCUGGCUAAUCCCCGGACGAAUGGUGCUCCAUCCUCCCCAUCCCUGGUCAGUGUUAAGGAGCCAAGAGGAGCUACCUCGCCCUAACUCUGCUUUCCCACCUCACGUGUCAUGAGUGCCCAGUGCCACCACUAGCCUCAGCUGCUUCCAUCAGCCUUGUCGCCACCUGGUCCUUCAGAACAGACUGUUGGAAGCGGGGCCCUGGGUGGGGAGGGGGCCCUGGGUGGGGAGGUCGCCCUGGAAGAGCAGGCUCCCCAGGUUUUGGUUCCAGUUUCUGUCCCAGGCGCCUGGCACACAUGGCCCACUCAGCACCUGGUGAUGAGAAGCCACCUCACUUUAGAUCAGUCCCUGGGGUCCCUGCCUUAGAUCAAUCACUUGGACACUAAGGCACGUUUUAGCAUCUCUUGUCUUAAUAAUUAUGUCUCUUUGUCCAUUUGUGUUUUCUGCGUCAUGUCAUUGGAUAUUAUCCUCAGAAAUAACGCACACUAGUCUCUGACAACCACGAAGCAAUCCGUUACAUGUGGGUCUGAACUCGUCGACUCGUUUGAAUAUCAAAUAAAGCUAUAACAGAAAGUAGUCUUUGGGGGUCUCCAUGUUGUGGGGGGACCCUUCUCUCAGCUGUCUGAGUGACCAUUGGGCACCUACAAGAUAGUUCACUGUUCCUGUCACCACCCGUGGAUGUGGGCUGCACAGAGCACCUGUGGCAUGUCGGGCGUGGGCCCGGCCAGGGCUUCCACAGCCAGCACAUUCUCUGCCAGCUCAGCCGCCUGUGGUUUGGGC